AUACAGCAGCCCUAAGUCAGGAGAGUUUGUACGUUGCAGCAAUGGAGUCCUAGGUCUCAUUUCAUUUACUUAUUUAUUUAUUUAUUUUAGAAGUAAAAGCAUCUGACAGGAUGAAAAGCAUUAGCGACUCUGGACUGAAGGGAGCCUGGCCUCUGAAUUAGGAUCAAGUAGUUGUCUGAAAUCCUGGAUUCUCUGUUGCGUAUGUUUCAGUCUGAAGAGAACUGAUGAAAUUCAGCCUAAACCCAGCUUGCAAAGAGCUCACCACUUUUUCAGUUGGUGUUUGAAGAUUUCUGCUGUUCAGUCUCACUUUGGGCUGCUUAAGAGCUGUGUUGGAUAACCGAAGGCAGCAGCACUUUCUUUGUAGUGUAUGUUAGAGAUAUUCUUCAGACAAGUUCACUUUCUAGAACAAUACUUCAUGGAUCUCUCUCUCCUGCCAUCCAAAUAAACAACUCUUUCCUUUCAAAUGGGCAAGGUUUACUCUCUUCAGCACGAUGGAGAGCUCAGGACAGCAACAACUCUUAUGGGAGUCUGGCCAGGACAAAAAAUCUGACAAUGAUUACCGAGAGGAUGGGAUGGAUUUAGCCAGUGACGCUUGCAGCAGCAGCCGCUCCAGCUCCCGGUCCAACUCCAGCAAAGUGACCCCGUGCUCCGAGUGCAAAUCCUCCUCCUCGCCCUCCUCUUCCUCCUCCCCCGGUAGCCUGGACUUGGUGGCUGCCCUGGAGGAGUAUGAAGAGGAGGAGAGUUUCCAGGUCUAUCAGAAGAAGGUGAUUGAUGAGUGGGAAGAAGAAGAGGACGAGGAGGAAGAGGAGGAGGAAGAAGAGGAGGACAAGGACGACCGAGGCUACAGGGACUACGGGCACACAGCCGGGCACGACCGCUAUGACAAGCCGGCCAACGGGAGGAGUUACGCGAAGGAGCUGGGAGAUGUGAAGCCCCCCGCCUCCAUCAGGAGCACCGUCAGCAACCCUCCCACCGGCGGCUGCGGCGGCCGCACCGGCACCGGCGCCCGGAGCACCGUCAUGCCGCCCCCAGUCCCCAAUGGCAACCUCCAUCCCCCUCCGGACCUCAGGCACAACGGCAACGUGGUGGUGGCCGAUCGGCCGCUGACAGGACACCGAGGAGGCCACCCCAACCCCCUGCAGAAAGGCCGGCCUGCGGGGGGGCGGCUGGGCGGCCCGGGCCCAGGGCCCGCGGGGCUCCUCCCGCUUCACCCCUUGGACAGUGGGACUUGUCUUAAGGAGGAGCCCCAGCUCCCCACUAUGGACUGGGAGGCUUUGGAAAGGCAUCUCGCCGGCUUACAGUUUCAGGAGCAGGAGGGACGCAACCAGAGUCAAGGGAAACCAAACUCCACCUCGGCACAGAAAAAUGAGAGAGAAUCUAUCAGGCAGAAGUUGGCGCUUGGGAGUUUCUUUGAUGAUGGCCCGGGAAUUUAUACCAGCUGCAGCAAAAGUGGGAAACCAAGCCUUUCCUCCCGGCUACAAAGUGGGAUGAACUUGCAAAUUUGUUUUGUGAAUGACAGCGGCAGUGACAAAGACAGUGAUGCAGAUGACAGUAAGACAGAAACAAGUCUGGACACCCCUUUGUCACCUAUGAGCAAGCAGAGCUCUUCCUACUCUGACAGAGACACAACUGAAGAGGAGUCGGAGUCCCUGGAUGAUAUGGAUUUCCUCACCAGACAAAGGAAGCUGCAGGCAGAAGCCAAGAUGGCGCUCGCUAUGGCCAAACCAAUGGCCAAGAUGCAAGUAGAAGUGGAGAAACAAAACAGGAAAAAAUCUCCAGUGGCCGAUCUCCUGCCACAUAUGCCUCAUAUAAGUGAAUGUUUGAUGAAAAGAAGUUUAAAACCUACUGACCUGAGAGACAUGACCAUUGGGCAGCUACAAGUGAUAGUCAAUGAUCUCCACUCCCAAAUAGAGAGCUUGAACGAAGAGCUGGUGCAGCUGCUUCUCAUCCGAGAUGAACUACACACAGAGCAAGACGCCAUGCUGGUUGACAUAGAAGAUUUGACUAGACAUGCUGAAAGCCAGCAGAAGCACUUGGCGGAGAAAAUGCCGGCAAAAUGAAUCCGGAGCCCCCACCAGGAGACCACGCUUGAAAACUAUUGUGCUUCUGUGUUCCUAAAAUGUGGAUACACCCUUGGAGGGGUGCAGCAAGAAACAAAAAAAUCAGUGUUAGUCAGUGAUGAUGUCCGAAGCUUCAUGUCCAGUGAUUGGCCUUUGCUUCUUAAUUUAUUUUCAUUUUAACUCGUGCCACUAAAUAGCCGGCAUUUUAAUAAAAUACAGUUAUGAGAAGAAAAUGUACAGUAGCCAUGCUGUUACAAACCCUGGUUGGGAACAGAGGGUAGUUUAACUUUAUUUUUUAUUUGUUUAGAGACUUUCAGUUGAACCCGUCCUUUCCCGUUGCCUACUUUUACUCCUCACCGUAGUUCACUCUAAAGAAAAAGCUGUCGAAGCCGGUGCUAUCAAAGUCCAAACCAUACCUGCCUGCCUCGUCGUGAAGUUGUAGCUUUCCGUCAUCUGGAUAUUUUAAUCAGUUUUCAACAUUUUGUAAAUGUUGACUACCUGACCUUCAUUUUUAGAUGUGCUAUUAACAUUCAGCUGGAUUCAGAGAGUUUCCCUGAAACGUUUUAUGUAUAAAUAUGUAAAAUAAAAAUUGAAAAUUUGUUUCAUA